AUGUCAAAAGCAACACUUCAAGGUCUUGUAUACUACAAUGGAGUAUGGGAUAAAGAUUUAAAUUACUCCAACUAUAAGGUGAAAGGAAUAAUAAUAAAGAAAGACAUAAACUUUCAAAAACUGAAGGAAAUGAUAGCUGGAAUACUGAAGGUAAACCACUGGGAAACAGAGCUGGAAAUGAAAUAUCGCUUAGAAGACAGCUACCAGAUUUUAGAAGUUGAAGACAAUGACAGCCUACAAUUCUACAUUGAACUAAAAAAAAAGGAAAUGCGAGUAACCAAAUUUCCUUUGUGUGUUACUAACAAAGUAUGCGAAGAACAGUGGCAAUCACCGGAACCUGAAAGCUUCAAUUCUGCCACAAUGAUUGAAGGACAGUCAGAAAAUAUGAUCUCCAGUGAAACAACAAUGGAUAUUGUCAAAUAUGCUGAAAUUUUGGGAGAACAGAAUAGCAAAGAAGAAGAAAAAGUUGAGAGAACACCAGAAGACAUCUCAAUGGUCACUGAACCUAGUAUAAAGGAUAUAUAUGUCGGGCAGAUCUUUAAGGAUAAAAAGAUCAUGAUAACUAGUUUUUGUUUUUACACAAUUGCUAACCACUUUCAAUAUAAAGUGAGUAAAUCAUGCCCGAAGGAAUAUAUAGUCAAUUGCUUAGACGACAAUUGCAAGUGGACUGUAAGAGCCUCAAGAGAUGGAAAGACAAGUAUGUUUGUUGUUAGAAGAGUGAAUAACAUCCACAUCUGUCCACCAGAAAUUAGAAUGGAAGACAAACGGCAAGCUACAUCAUCAAUAAUUGGGGAAUAUAUAAAAACAAAGUUUUUGGAUGUUAAAACAAUUUAUACCCCAUCAGACAUAAUUGCAGACAUACAAAAAGAUUUUGGGGUGAUUUUGAGUUACAAUAGGGCAUGUAGAUCAAAAGGAAAGGCGCUAGAUCAGAUUAGAGGUAAUCCAUGUGACUCAUAUUCUAUUUUGCCAAAAUUUCAACACAUGCUUUUACAAACUAAUCCGGGGUCAGUAGUAGAUAUACAGACAACCGAUGGAAAAUUUGAAUAUGUUUUUAUGGCUCUCGAUGCAUCCAUAAAAGGUUGGAAGUACUGUAGGCCAGUGAUUGUAGUCGAUGCGACAUUUUUAAAAUCAACCUAUCGUGGAAUGCUAUUGACAGCAUCCACCCAAGAUGGGAAUGGUAAGAUUUUUCCACUAGCAUUUGCUGUUGUUGAUUCUGAAAAUCAUGCUUCUUGGGAAUACUUUUUUGCAAAAUUACUGGAAACUUUUGGUCGGAGGGCUGGAUUGUGUAUAGUAUCAAAUAGGCACGAUAGCAUAUUUGAGGCAGUCAAAAACAUUUUCCAGAAGCAAUUCGGAAAGAAAACAAAUGCAAAAGCGUUGAGAGAGUGUUUCUAUGGAGCUGCAAAGUCUUACUCAGUUCAGUCUUUUGACUAUUUCAUGGGACAACUAGAUGCUAUAAAUGUUGCAAUUCGACCCUAUCUGGAAAAAAUUGGGGUCAAAAAAUGGGCAAGAUCACAUUGCAAAGACAAUAGGUUCUCAACAAUGACUUCAAAUAUAGCCGAAUCUAUGAAUGCAGCUAUCAAAGCAGCUAGGGAGUUACCAGUAGCAACACUUCUUGAAUAUUUGAGAUUCUUGACGCAAAAAUGGACUUACACGAAUAGAAAUGCCGCAAUCUGUACAAUGACUAAGUUGACAAGCAAAGCAGAAAAUGAUCUCAGAGAUAACUAUGCAAUUUCUUUGAGAAUGAAGGCUUCAACAUCAGUUACUAAUGUGCAUGAUGUGCAAGAUGGUGAAAAGACAUUUAUAGUGAAACUGAGAGAAAAGAACUGUACAUGUGGCAGAUUUCAAAUUGAUGAGAUGCCAUGUCCACAUACACUUGCAAUAUUAUCCUCACUACACCUAGAUCCUUAUCAAUACUGCUCUAAAUUCUUCACCAAAGAGAAUCUGCUUGCAAUGUAUGAUGGAGUUGUGUAUCCAAUGCCAAGUCAAAACAAUUGGGAUAUACCUACUGAAAUUGAAAGGAUUGAAAUACUUCCACCAAUAGGAAAGAUACCAGCUGGAAGACCAAAAAAAAGAAGAAUAAAUGGACCAGCGGAGACAAUUAAUCCAAGUAAGUGUGGAAGAUGUGAUCAAAGAGGACAUAACCGAAAGACAUGUCGAAAUCUACCAAAGUAG